AUGGAAGAAACCAAUCAUAUUUGUGGGUUCAAAAAUGGCGCAGAUAUCGGCUCUUCCCUAUCACAGCUCAUAUUAUCAGGAGGCUCAAACACCAUGGAUUCAAUCUUCUCUCGUUUCUCGCCCUCGUCGUCUACAGCCGCCGCCACAAGCUCCGCUCACGAGCCAUUAGGCUCUUCAGUCUAUCACCACCAAAGAGAUCUCCUUAGAAAAUUCAGCCACCAAAACCACGUAUCGACGAGCAAAUAUCCGACCCCUGUGACGAAGAAGCUUUACAGGGGCGUACGACAGAGACAGUGGGACAAAUGGGUGGCCGAAAUCAGACUCCCACAGAACAGAAAGCUAGUCUGGUUAGGCACUUACGAAACACCCGAAACCGCGGCUUUGGCAUAUGAUCGGGCAGCUCAUAAGCUUAGAGGGGAGUACGCAAGGUUGAAUUUCCCGAAUCUGAAGGACCCGAGUAAAUUUGGGUUCGUAGAUUGUGCUCAGUUGCAUGCUCUCAAGAGCUUGGUUGAUGCCAAGAUUGAAGCCAUUUGUCAAAAGACGAAAUCAGAGAGAGACAAGAAGAAAGGCAAGAAGGUCGAUUUCAACGAUCGUUCACCUUCGUUGUCGACUAAGGUUUUUAGCGACGUUUUAAGCAAGGAGCCGGCGUGGUCGACCGUGUCUGAUGAUGGGUUUUGGGGAGCCGGAAAUUCACCGGCCUCUGUUUCGAAUGGUCACUCGAUGACGAUGACGGUAGAUUAA